GAACAUCGCAAAUCUCACCAAAGGUGAACUCCUUCCAUUUGAACAAUGGAUCGACAAGACAAUUUUCUUUUGUCAUGUUUUCUCAUAUCUUCAAUUCAUUCUAGUAGACUACACGAACAAAAUCAACAAUGCCUUCCAAAACUCUCGACAAAUCCGACACCGAGGACACAAACCAUCACCAAACACAACGAACGAAGCAAAGUCCUCCUCCACCUCUGCGACAUAGAAGAAGCGUUUUCUUGAAACCAUUUCGGUCGCGCAGUUCCUCAGAACAACCCAGACAGCAAGCAUCCACGCCUACUCCGGCCAUACCAGCGACGGUGCGCGAAGCACGAGAAGGUCCAGCCCUCAAGUCCUCCACAUCCGCGAUAUUCAUAGCGAAGAUGAAAUCAGAGCUGUUUCUCUCUCAAUUCAAACGUGCACAAGAAGCCUACCUCUCUAACGAUCUCGCCCUGUGCCGCCACCGUUGCACCGAACUCCUCGAAAGACCGGCUCUACACCUCGACACACGCAUAGAAACGCUACAACUCCUUGCAACCAUUGUGUCUCUCCCUGUUGCUCGGGAACAUCUUUCCGAUGCUCUUUGUUUGCUUGAUUUGGCUGUCGAGAGGGGAGGGAUUGCACCGGGUCAGGUACAGGCGUUGCUAGGGAUGAAGAUUACCACGCUUGAUCUUUUGGGGAGGUUGGAGAAGGAGUUUGUAAAGAUUGGGAGGGAGGAAGAGGCUGAGGCGGAGGGUUGGAAGAUGAGGGGGUCGUUGAGGGGCGCAAUAACUAAGAGGAGAAAUGGUGCUAGGGAAAUAAUGAUUCACCAGCCGCUGGUUGAGUUUGUAGACCAAUCUAUGCCGCUGCAUCCCGCUUAGAAAGUGUGAGGUAUCACUGUGUUAUAUGGCGUUUGGGGGAAAGCAAGUGGAGGGAAUGGCGCAGGAGUUGGAUUAGUGCUUCGUUGAAUGUACUGAGAUCC